UUUGGCUCUCCUGUUCUACUUGAGAAAGCAUUUCAUUGUGAGGUAGAGCUCCGGUGGUGCAAUAGGAAUUACAAUUGGUUUUGAUGAGCGAGGAGCGGGCUCCUGCAAUUGGUACUUUUCGUUGAGCGUGGGACGCAAAAAGUGGCGACGUGUCCAUCAAACGAGUAGAGAGCAGCUCCACGGUAUCAUUACAACAAGCGGCCUGCUGCAAAUCGGGGCACAACUUCUGCGUGCGAGUUACGACGUCGGUGGCGCGGGAAAGAAGUGUAGCAUGCGUCAAUAGCGUGAAGAUGGUGCCGAAGUUGUACUUCUUACCAGUAUAACAAAAACAAAUCUUUUUCAUCUUUCGCACUUGUGCUGAAUCUGAAUGUCAAAGACCAUUAUGCAGUGCCGAUAAAAAUGAUACAUUCAUUGAGAUGUCAUCUCAACUCGUGAACUUGGUCCAUCGUCUCUCCUCCUAAAUCAAGAUGAGAAAACGGCGGCGGAAAAAGGGUCGUCCACGGGUGGAGGAUGAAACGCCACUAGUAGUGCAAGCUGUCUUAUCCAAGAAAAAAACUAUGUGAGUGUAAAUCUGUGAUGCAGAAGACGCAAAACUGUUACACUUGUCAUGCCAGACAGCCAUCAAGUCUUCUUUCCAUCUGUGUUGUCCCUUACAAGCCACGCAUAUCAGGUUUUCUCUGUCAUGGAGCGCAUCUGUAAUUCUGUCAGCCAAAGAGAGUUACACUAACACAGUUUUUUUCUUGGAUAUGUCUCGACGGUUGCCACCAUCUUCCUGCUUUUUUUCUGCGUAGUAGACGUCGCUCGCAUCAUGAUCAUGCCCGCGACCUCCCGCGGGCAGCUACUGCUGCUUCCGACAUUCUUCUGCCGCGCUCUCGAGGAUUUCGACAUUACCCUCCCCGACUUCGGUAAUGAUGAUAAUCUAGGCUCUUGGGGAGACGUUGUGGGAAAUGACAACGAGGUCGACUUGAGCAACAUGCUAUGAUACAUGCAAAUAUAAUCGAUCUGGGUCUGGAAAGAAUGUUGGAACUUGUCAUGCUGUCUCUCGAUUGUAAAAAAAUCUGUAUUGCAUGACCAGCAAGAGAGAUCCGAGAGAUCCAGUUUGUGCCGCGCGGAGAGGGAAUUGGUCAUGCGGAAUAAGCAGCAGCUGAAAUACCCUCUAAAAUAAAUCUGUGAUGCUAGGUCAUCAUGCGUGACAGACAGGCAUCAUGGGUCGUCGUACGCAAUAUGCAUGACAAACCUGGCAAUUCUCUCGCAGACGCAGACGUAUUUGCAAUCCAUACAUGGACGCGGAGCAGAAAGUUGCCUUCGAAGACGCGCUAUGCAAUACAAAGGUAUCGCACUAAGUAGUAUAAAACGCAUGACAAAUUUCCUCAGCAACAUGGGAAAUGACAUUUGUAAUGCGGAUCUAACUUGGCAAAGAAAUUUGCAAUGCAUAAAUGCGAUUAGUACAAGUGCGAUACUUUUGCAAUUCAUACGCGCUUAACGAGUACAUGCAUCCAGAUGUCGAUAUGGAUGUGUCAGAGUUGAAAUCGACAAAGUUGAAAUAAUUUGUCAUGCAUAGAAUGGAUGCCAGUUGGAGCCCAGUUUUCAAGUGGCGCAUGACAAAUUUCGGCGGUCCCUAAAUCCAGCUUGUCAUGCUGUUUAGGCAAAGAAGAGUGGUUUUCUCAUGCUACUUUAGCAGCUCGAGCUGUAACCCCAACCAGGCUUACAAUCGGCCUCACUUGCCUGCUCUGCAACACACGCGCCUCGGGUCAUGCAUUUCAUGCAUUACAAAUUAUUUCAACUUUGACGAUUUCAAACCUGACGCUUCCAUAGUCGACCUCGCCAUAUUACAACGAAAAAUGCUCCAACGACCCCAGAACCAAUUGGGAGUAUUUGUAUUGCAAACCUUUCCAAGGGAAACACUCGCCGGUUUGCAUUUAUCAGCAUCUUUACAGAUGAUUUUCAAUCGUUUAUGGCAAAUAAAAUCUGUAUUGCAAAAGAUCCCAGCAAGAGCGGCGCUUGUCAUGCGUCACGCGAUGGCGCUGUAUAGUACGACUAGACUCUGCACCAGAAAGAUUCAUCGGUCCAUUCAUGCAAAACAAAAAGUUUUCAUUUGGAAACUUCGCAUCACAAAUUGUUGCAACUUGUUUCGGCGUGGGGGCAUUUUUCACUGUAAUGCGCCAAUGCGCAGCAGUAUGGAUGUGUCAGGUUUGAAAUCGUCAAAGUUGAAAUAGUUUGUCAUGCAUAAAACGGAUACCAGUCAGGCCUACUGUUUGUAGUCGGUGCAUGGCAAAUUUUCCCGGUCCUGGAAGCGAGUCUGUCAUGCGGUUUAGGGCAAAAGAGCUGCCUUCUGUCAUGCUAGUUAGCAGUCCAACUUUUGACGAUUACCAGGACUAUAAUCUGCCUCCCGUGGGUCCUCUGCAAUAGAGUCACUUUUUGUAUCGCAUUUUAUGCAUGACAAAUUAUAUUCAACUUUGACGAUUUCAAACCUGACACAUCCAUACGCAGAGCGAUGUGCAGGAGUGGAUGGAUCAUGUUGGUGAUGGCGAUGGUAUAUGAACUGCAAAAGUACCGUACUCGUCGUACUAAUUGCAAUCAUGUUCAUGCAAUACAAAUCGUUUCCAGCGAGGCAUAUCCGCAUGACAAAUUUUGUUUCUCAUGCUGGGCUAAUUUGUAAUGCAAUUUAUACUAGCGCGAUGCUUUUGCAACUCAUAUGGUCACGACUUUGCGGAGGACUACAACGAAGCACUGGUGGAGCACCAGAAAGAGGCGGACACAAACUUCAUCCAUAACCUAGCAGACAACCACGCCCCGGCCGGCCGGUUCUCGUGGGGCGACCUGUCGGACAUGGCGAACGACGACGGCGUAUUGUGAGGAAAAAUCCCCCCAUUUCCAUAUUUAUUAUAAAAGCGCAUCCUUCCAAAGAAUAAAAGUUUCGAUGCAGAUUUGUAACGACCACGAUGAAUCCUGUCUGUCUUGCAAGACGGCAAAUUCAGAGAGCCCGCCGCGUUAUGCGGGCGGUUUGUAAUCAUGUUGUAAGGCCGCGGCCUACAGGGCAGGAGACGUCUGCCAUGCUAGACGCCUACGCGAAGUGAAUCCCCCGGCCUAGUAGGCUCGGGAUCUGCGUGCAGUCCUCUACCGCAAGGCAAAUUCGAUUUGUGUACACACAUCCCGCAUGAUCGUAGAUUUCCAUUUUGAUUAUAUUGGGCGGGGGGAUGUUUCAUUUUGAUAUGGCGCGCCGGGCCACGUCUCGGAGAAAGAAUGGGUAGAAAAGGGAGGGGAUCCCGAUGUCUUCCACCUCAUGGCGGGACCGGAUCAUGAGCUGACGGAGACCGACUUUGAACGCCACGGUCCCAUCAACAUGCUGGAUGGAUCGUAUGAGAGUGGACAACAACUCCCCCUACUUCCCCUCGUUUGUCAUGCAAACUGCCCAGUGGUCCAUGUAGUAGUAGUAUCUAUCAGUUUGCACGAUUCGCAUGGCAAGUUCUUUCGGGACGACCAAAAACAGCACUACAGUCUUCGAUGUGAAUUUGUCAUGCAAAACCUGCAUUCAUCUCCUCGUCGAGGCCGAUGCUUGUAUUGCUUCUCCUGCCCCGGCACAAAUGAGGGGGACGAGUUGUGCACUCCCAUAGAAGGAAUGACAAGUUUAGUCCGGACGAAUUUGUCGCGGCCUCAUUCGUAUGAAUUGCAAAAGGGUCGUACUCGCACUCAUUGCAGCUAUGCAUUUAAGUACGAAAUUCAGUUGUGAAGGAGAACGAGAAGGUUAAUCCGCAUUACAAAUUGGAUUUGUAAUGCUGACCCAAUUUGUAUUGCAAUUAAUAGUACUACCCCGAUAGUACUUUUGCAAUCCAUAACCCAAAGCGCACUUGAUGGGGCAAGUCGGCCAUCACGAUACGCUAUCAAAUGCAAAAAUGUCUGGGUCUGGAAGACUGCGAGAUUUGUCAUGCUUGUCUGGGAUGACCAAAAAGUUUGUGAUGCGUGUCCAAGAAGAAACCCUUUUGCCUGUCAUGCAAAAACGCAGUUUGUCAUGCGAAAAACGCAACACAAAGAAGCGCAGAUAUUUCUCAUGCUUGGCUGUGCAUUACAGAGCACUCCCUAUUCGCGACGCAGCAUCACAAGUUUCCAGACCCAGACAUUUUUGCAUUUGAUAUACGCUCAGCUCGAACGACCUGGCUGGCAUGUACGACACUGAUGGCGACUAUCAAAUGCAAAUAUCGUCAAUCUGGGUAAUUAUCUGGAAGAAUGCAAACAACUUCUGAUGCUCAUUGUGGAACAGAAAAUAAUUUGUCUUGCUGCUCUUGCAUAGUCAGGGUCGGCUUUAAAAAAUGUUAGUAAUGGUUUUUCUCGAUAAACCUAAGUGUUGGCCUAAGUGAAUCCUAAGUAAAACCUAAGUGAAACCUAAGUGUUUUUGUGGAUUCGCGGCUGACGCAGAGCCGCGGAAUUGUGAAUCGGAAGAGGGCUCCAGCGGAAACAAAAAUUCCGCGGAAAUAAAACAAAUCGGGGCGUAUGGGCGCGGUGCAGGUACGUUUUAGCGGGCAACAGCGUCGGAAUAUGUUGUCGGCGUGGAAUGGGCGCAAUGGCGUGGAAAAAUCCGCAUACUAUGGAAUUCCUCGACAGUCAAACAGAUUCAUUUGGAAUCGAUUCGAAGUAGAUGGCUUCGAGAUUUCCAGAAAACCGUUUGCAGUUUCGCAGCACAAUCGGCAACCGGACGGAAAACCAACGACCGAACUCCGAGGCCGGACGAAGCAUGGAAGCGAUUCACCAAGCCUAUGCGGUGCUGAAGAUUUCGAGUUCGAAAACGCAUCCACGACAACACGAAUCGAGCUAAGAGCGGUACCGAGAUUAUGUUUUGAGAUAGCGCGCUUUAUUGAAGCCCGUUGAAUUAUCAUCAUGCAUGAGAAACUAUGAGAAUGGGAAUGAAUUUCUUUGCGUCGCAAGUUGAUUCAUAAACUUAUUACAACCACGAGGUUUGCCGUUCGGGUCCGUCGCAAAGUCGAACAGCCGCGGCAUUCAUUCUCGGCACCGAAAUCUUCACAGCGAUGCUUGACAAACAGAAGGCGAAAGCAAUUGCGCGCCCGCUUGAUUCAGAGUGAUAUGCGACGCGCAAACACCAGCUACAGUUUAUUUCUGCAAUUUUUGCUAGUAGCGCGCCGCGCUUUAUUGAUUGACUUGGUGGCUGAGGCUGAGAAGCGUGCAAAGAAACGUGUCUUACUUUGGGCUAACCACAGAAACAAACCCACACCCUCGCCGUCAUUGUGUCAAAUGAAUCCGAUGGCGCAGCUUAGCAUCAGCGGCAGCAGCUGUGACUUGUGUCCUUGAUAUUAGGCGCAGCCUUGAUCUGAAAAAACAAGCUCGCUGAUCACCCGCUGCAGUUCUUGAUCUGAAAAACCAAGCUCGAGCGAGUGACAAGAAAAAUGAAAAUGAACAGCCUGAAUGCGAUCCACAGCGCACUACGUGCGACAAACUAACUAGCUCACUUCUCGCUCUCGAGCUCAGCAGCAGAAAACAGAAAGAAGCAAAUGAGUCCAUCCUUCUCAGCUCACGAAUCCAUCUGUCCCCCCGCAUUACAAAGAAAUUCGAUGUUCUCCGUCGUGCCUUUGGUUUUGUGGAUACAGAUCCUGUGCGUUGUUUCUUGGACCGUAGAAGUGAGAAUUUUUUUGGUGGAUAGAGAGCUUGUGCGUUGUUUCUUGGACCAUAAUAAAAGUGAUAGGCGUCAUAUCUGCAACAGCGUCACAAAGUGUACUUUUUUCAUCGUCUACGACCGCGUUUUUUCUAUCGUCUUUCGCCGUCGUUGCCAGCGCCGUUUUUUUUCAUCGUCUGGACUGGUUGUAUGUCAGCCCGCUUUUUUUGCACCGCCAGGCAUGGAUGUUUUGUAUGUUAGGCCCGGGAACGUCCGUGUCAGGUAUCGCGGGCGGAGUGCAAGCAUUGACUCUUGAUGGCCGCCUCUACUAGUACAGUAAGCGUGGUCGAGCUUUUUUAAUUCAUGAAAAAAACCGGCUGCACUCCCAAAGUUCCGGCACGCCAAGCCCCAUGUUAUGCUAGAAAUCCAAUGCAGUCCAAGUGCUUGGCCACUUUUUGUUUUUUCAACCCGGCAUUGAUUAGCGCAUGCGUCGGUUCUUUUUUUGAUUCAGCCCGACCGCUUAUGCAAAUUUAUUUGUUAAUAGCAGCAGCAUCCUGGGCACGCUCUGGCAAUGGCCGGCCUGAUGCUGCGUUUUCGUUUAGAAUAGCAUCGCUGUUACUUUCGCUUAUGCAGGGCCGCGCAAUAAUAAUAAAUUUAUUUGGUAGCUACUCUCGCAAAUAGAUGCUCCUUUUCUCAACCUCUCGCCGCUAGAUCUUCGUUUUCUGAAUAUAAAUUGGCUCUACCUCUAGCAGCUAGAUCCAUCCAUCUUCCUUUUCUAAAAAAAAACAACAUAAAAUGAGCGUGAACCUAAACGCGUGCACCCUGAACAAGUGCGUCAUCGUGCAGCUGCAAGCCACGAGCACGCGUCCGCGUUCGUUGAGCGCGGAUUGUCCCGCCCCUGGAGAAGAUACACCCUCUGAUGCCGGAUUGGGCGAUCCGAUCGGCCUCGCGUACAUCGCGCCGCCGUUUCCCGAGGUACGCGACGAGGACUCGGCGUCGGCAGGCUCUGCGGUGGAAGUGCGUAAUUUGCAGGAGGAGGGCGGAUUGAUGGUAUGAAGUAUAUUAAUUUCACCUAUCUGUUCCCUGCUUCUUUCUUUUCGUUCGGCAUAGGUCAUUGAUCCACGACGCGUUGCUUGGUCGGGACAUUAGCAGCAUGCUACUAACUUUGCACUUUCGACAAAAGUUGUGACUCACUUCGUUUUUUAAUAUUUAUAUUGAUUUGCGUCGCUUUUUUUUGCAUCAAGCAAUAAACUUUUGCAUGUGUUUUUCGCUUACUUUUUACAUUGUUGUGGUCAAACUGAGCCAUAAUAAAUUGACUCACUCUCACACUCUUCCCAGGUCGGCGGCGCACUUGACGCGCUCCUACCCGGGAUCGCAACGCUCCUACCCGCGCUCCUACCCGGGCUCGCAGCGCGCUCCUACCCGGGCGGGGUAUCUUUCUGCAUUUGCACUCGUAUGACAGAAACAGCAUGAAAAGGCUUUAUUCCUUAUGUUUCAGAACUCCACAUGAAAGAGCUACUAACUUGCAUGUCAGAGCUCCACAUUUAUUGCUUGCGUUUCAUAGUAAGUUACUUACUAGACAUGAAAGCAGCGUACGCGCUGCCCUUCUAUCUUCGGAAAAAAAACUACCAAACAGGUUCCGACCGUGGCGGACGAUGUCGUGCUGGCGGAUCUGAUCAACAUGAUCCAGCGGCGGUUUCGCACACCGCAUCUCCCGGAGGCAGACCUGGCCGACGUAGUGGAGAUGUCCGCCCCCAUCCUGCGCCCCUUCCUCGUGGAGUUGGAGGCGCAUGCGCUCGCGAUAUCGGACGAGGGAGUGCUCCUCUUUGAGCGGGCGGUGGAAGGUGCUAAAACUACCUUGGUUGUUUUUGGCCUAUUCAUCAUGUAGAAAGAGACAUUACUUAGAAAAGCAAAUUUAUUUUAGUAGUCUAUGAAUAAGCUGCAUGGCGCUGCUCCUGAGCUCCAGGAUGUGGUCGGUGCUAAGCAAUGGACGACUCCCCUGCUUCCACAGGUAUCGUCGACUUGUUGUACCGGCGCGCGUCUUCCAGCACCGGGUCGCCGAAGCGGCCACAACAAGCGGAGCAAGAAGUGGCGGGGGCGGCGGAACAGAGCGGCAAGAAGCGGCGCAGUGGAUCAUGAGAAGAGUGGCGCUAUAUGUGAAAAAAAAAGUAUGUAAAUUACGAAAAGCAAGCAACUCCAUCUGGGUGAUGAACAAAAUUAAUAAGGUGACGCCAUGCCUAUAGUUUAUUGGUGGUCGAAGUAUGUUAGAAUAGCAGAAAAAUCGCGACUCGAAGUUUACAAAAUAGGAAUAGGUGGGUUGAUAGUCGUGCUCGCCCACAAUAGACACAGCAAAAAAUAUCUGUGUCGCUUAGCACGAGUUUUCAUAUCGGUUUAAGAUUGAUACCAAUGAGUUUACCAAUGAUUGAAUUUGAUUUCACGAAAACAAAACUAACUGAAAGCGAAUCCAUCGCAGCAAGCCUACCAAUGGAAAAGCUUAGUAAUAAAAAGCUCUGCUUCUGCCCUCGAUCGCAAAAAAAUUCUGAAAAAGAAAGGGCGGCACUACCGAAGGAAAAGAGAUGCACCGGGCACCACUCGAAAGAACUCCGCUGUAUACUAAGUGUAAGUUGAAAACCUUAUUUCAUCUGAGGCCGCCCGUGUCGCGCCGCAACAAAUUGAAGCGAGGCGAUUACUAUCGCUUUCCUGUGCCUGUUUCUGUCCGUGAGUUACAGAGCCAGGAGCUAAUGUCUGUAUGUCCUAAAGUAAAGUAAAAGUGGUCCUUGCGUCACGCAUGGAUCCGCCAGUUUUCGUAUGUGAUUGGAGGGGUCCGCUACUUUGUUUUCGUAUGUCAUUGGAGGGGCGCUAGCCUCGUGUUGGUUCGCUACCUAGCGCAGCCCUUCGGCAAGAGCGACGUUUUUUUUACUAGGUAGACCCAGGGACUGCGUUGCUUCGCCGGUGUUUUCUUGUCUGUGCGUUUUCCCGGUCCAGGGUUCCACCUCCCUUCUUUGAUUUUUGUUUUCGCUGCUAUCGUGUCUUUUUUUUUCCUCUUCGCAAGAGAGGAGUAGUUUUUUCUCAGAGCGUUUUUUUUUUGCCCAGAGCCGAUGUUUUUUUUCCAGAGAAGUACGCUCGUCCUCGCGUGAGAGGGUCGCUAUAGUUGCUAACUUCUGUUUCUUCGUCCUCCAAGACGCCAAUGAAAAGCGUCACAGUAUGCGAGUCGAUUUCUGCACCAGGAGCCAGAAAAUAAGAUGCCCUCGCGCUUAUAGGCAGGCGCGGUCGCCGCGUUUCGUCUUGUUGCGUCUGCGCUUUUCGACCUUCUGGCUGUACGACACGGGUUUCUGCCCGCUGGAGCUCACUUCUUGUUCGCGGAUCUGCUAGAGACGGCGCCACCACCUGCCCAAGCGCGACGGUAUCGUCGUUCCGGACGCUCGGAAGGCUCGCGAGCGUCGGAGUUUGCAAAUAGCCCGUAGAAUGAUCGGCAUGGCUGCAGCAGUACCCUCCGCUCAUUGGGGUGGAGCUCUCCUUGACUUCCUUCGCUGCAGUGAGAGGAGACACACUCGACUCGUAGUAGGAUCUUCUGUCGACAAAGUUCACUAUUAGUUUUGUUCUAUUUGUAUAUUAGCUGUAGCUUCCUGUUCGUUCCUUUUGUAUCGAGUCCGGGGUGUCUCCAUGGAUGCAUGUGGUCUGGAUCUACGACUUGUGAUGCCAAGCAGAAGUCUCAGGCAGUGCCUGAAUCCGGAAGCAGGGAGAUCGAUGUUUUUCCAGAGGAUGCGCAAACCGCCACCCUGCUCAGCCGCUCGCAAACAUCGCUGCCGCUGCUCGUCGUGCGGUGGUAGCGCACCAGGAAUCGUCCUCGGUGGAAUCGUCAGCAGGCGGUGAGUAUCAAAUGCAAAAAUGUCGGGGUCUGGAAGAUCGGAACUUGUGAUGCUAACUUUGGACUCUAUCUGUAUUGCAUGGCCAGCAAAUGGAGUCUAGUAGUUCGUGCUACGCGGGGAGGGCGUUCUUCUUUCAUGCGGAGUAGGCAUCAGGAAGUCCUCUCAAAAUCUGUGAUGCGCGGUUGUGCAUUACAGACGUCCAUCCUGGGUUGUCAUACAAAACAUGCAUGACAAAUCUCAGAGUCUUCCAGACCCAGACAUUUUCGCAUUUGAUAGUGAGCCUCCGGCGCCAAUUGGGAAACCGCGGCCGCGCGCCAAGGCGGGUGGAAAAGCGAAGCCGGUGAUGCGAAGAAAAAUGCGGGCACGAGAGGCCACACCUCUUGCAGCGCGGGCGGAGGAGAAACGAAAACAAGAGAACAAGCGGCGAAGGCGCCGCAAAAACAGGGCGCUCGGGGCUGCAACGUCUUCGGCGGCGUCGUCAGAAACUUCUCGGUCGUCUUCUUCUACGGAUUCGGAGAGCAGUCGGAGCAGCAGUUCCGGGUCCGCAUCGCGAGCAGAAUCAUCGCGAUCUUUGAGUUCAGCGCCCUCGUCCGAUGGAGACGGCUCCGGCGACGGCGGUUCACGUAUCUGACAGAAAAACGCUAGCUUCUCAGCAACGAACUCUUGCUCGUUGUAGACCCAGUCUUAAUAUAAGUAUAACGAAGUGAAGAAUAGGGCAUGGGUCAUCACCUGCGUGCUCCAAAACAAUAGGAAUUAUCUGCAGCUUGUAAUGCAGACCCGGGACGAUUUGGACUUCGCACUUCAGUCAUGCAUGGGGAGCAGCAGCAGCCGUCUUUGUCCUGCGGGAGUCAGCAAGCAGAUUCAUAUAAGCUAGCAAAUUUCUGUGAGAUAGCGCCGCGUAAACGGAAAACAAAACGAAACAAGAUGGGGAGGUUUUGCAGGAUGUCGAAGCAGCGCCGGCGGAAGAAAAAGCAGAAAAAGAUCCGCAGGUAUGUCGAGAAGUAUUUCAACUACCGCAGCAACCCCCGAACGGAUGGGUACCUGAAGACUGCGAUGCUUUUGAGUGACUUCGCGGUCACAGCAAGUCCCAAAGCUUUGCGCGAAGCAUACAAAAUUGCAGGGAAGUGCGCAGUGAUGACGCGGUUUUGCGUUGACGGAACGUCGAGGGGCACCAGGACGAAGAAGCGGACGCUCAACCCGAGCGCAAUGUGGACGGUCUGCCACGGCAGCUGCUGGUUUGCUGUCGACGGGGAAGAGCCAAAUAAAUGGCCACGGGUUCCGAACCUUCCGAUACACAUCCACUACAAGCCCCCGCAUCGCUUGAGCCACCACCCGGACCUUUUGCCGCACGAGCGCGAUGCCGUCCGCCUCGCAAACACCGUGAUGUCGUACGGACUAGAGUUCAAUGGUAUUUCCGACCCCUUUGCCGCAAUCUUUUCCGGCGAUGGCGCCGAAAGCGCAACUGUAAUGUGCUCCAUCCUCAUCGUCGAGCAUCGUAUGGAGCGGGAGUGCCCAGCCUUGGUGUGGUUGCCGAUUUUUGUACCUUGCGACGAGCACAGCACGGCGAACAUCGGCAAGCACGCCUCGCAGUUACUCGGAACUACAACGUAUGCAUUGCAGAUAUCUAGUUCGGGGUCUGGAAAAGAAACUUGUGAUGCUAAAACGUGGGUGACGGAAACAGCUGUGAAUGCAGCCAAGCGUGAAAACUUUCUAAAACGUUUUCUCACAGGCAGCCAGCGUGAGAGAUUGCUUUUCUGCAUGACAAGAACAGUUGCAGCUUUUGUUGGUUAUGCCGGGGAGCAACUGCAAGCCAGCAUUACAAGACCAGCAUUACAAGUUCCACGUUUCCAGACCCAGACGCUUUUGCACUGGAUACGACGAAGCUGGACAUGCCGCUCAUUGAGAAAAAGACGUAUCUGCAGGCGAGGCAGAUGAACAUGAGCUCUGCCACCGUUCGCGAGAUCGUAGAGAAGCAGGCCGACAAGGUUGUGCAGAUUCGGCCGGGUUAUAACGGCCUGCCCGGACAGGAGGCGGCGCACAGGCUAAAGAACCAACACGCCAUCGGGUCUUGGAGCCGGUUCCUGGAGCACAUGCGUGAGCGGGAUCUUGCGAAAGCAAUGGAGGACGCAUACGUGGAGCUGGACCCGGGUGGAGACGGUGUCCCGCUGAAAAUAUCGGUGCAGAGCAAGGAACAGAAAACAAACGUUGUCAAGGCCUGGGUAGCCUUGUACAGACUGCUGAAGCAGCCCACCCACCAAAGGUGGCUGACUUUUGGUCGCGCCUGCCGCCGUCUGGCCGUGAUUGACGCACUCGGGUACACAGAAAUGAUCUUUUCCGCGGGCGACAAUGCUCCACAUUACCUUUCGGUCGAGGAGUGGAAGUUGGUGAAAAACAACAAAGGGCUGCAGCAUGCCUGCUACAGAGUCGCGCAUCUUCUGCUCGGGUACCUUGCCAACCCGCUGGACGAUUUUUCGAGCUUCUCGUUUCUGAAGAAGCGGCACACUUACGAGACCAACGUGGAGCUUCAGCGGACAGCCGAGAAACGCUUUCGGAAAGCGUUUCAGGUCCUGCAAGAGGAGACGCAGAUUCUGGAGGAGAUGCAGUUUGUGACGCUGCGCGAAGCUCUCCUGACGAUGGAAAAGAAGAAGGACCUACUCGCGAAGGCGCAGCACGCCCUCGUUGCGGAGGCGGUCAUGUUCCACAUGAUCAUCGCAAGCGUUGAUCGCUGCCCGUUCCAGAAGUUUUGUCUCGAAUACAACACCGCCGCGGCUUUGGAUAACGGUUCACCGGAAGCGGGCCAGGAAUCUCAGCGCUCCACCUAUCUUCGCAAAUUCCUCUUCCACGCUCCCGAGUUCCCAGAGAAUUCGUGCGGCUCUGUGUGUUUGACCAUCUGGAGGAAGCAGUUGCUUCGGAUCUCGGAUCACAGCCGGCGAGUAAAAUUCGUUGACAUGGUACUGGCUGGGAUGUGCCAGUGCCCGAGAACGCAGGCGACCGCAGAACAAAAGCUAGGACGGGGGAAAUUGCUGCAGCAGGAGUUCCAGUCUGCCUACCGUGGCAUACUGCGGAUUUCUUCCAUUCUCAUCCGGCAGGACGCCUUGCGGGGGCGCUUGAAUGCGAAGGACUACAAGAAAUACGGAAGCGAGCCCUCUGACGGCGAUUUCGAUCCGGAUCUCUCAUCUGGGUCGGAGUUGUUAUCGCAGUCCGAGUCAGAGCGAUCCGAUUCCACAUCGAAGUCGCCGGUCCUUCCGGGCGGAUACACUGCUGCAGAGCUUGCAAAGAAGAAGCGCGUCGUCAGUGUUUCGAACUUGUACAAAAAAGGGAAAACGGGCAUUGUUGGCCAGAAGUUUAUAUCCUGUGCAAAAGUAUCGUGCUCGUAUUGCAAUCAUGCAUUACAAAUGUUUUUCUUAAGGCAAAUGCGCAUUACAAAUUUUUAUUUUAUUUUUCAUGCUGAGGAAAUUCAAAUUUGUAAUGCAUUUGCACGAGUGCGAUACUUUUGCACUUCAUAGUUUAAAGAGGAGAUGGAUAAGGAUCGCGUCAAUCUGCAGCAGCAGGUCGAGCAGCUGCGGGUUCAGCAGGUGAAGGCGCAGGAAAAAGCGGAGGCAGAUUACUGGGCGGAGAGACAGAAGCGUGUGCGGGCUGAAAUAGAGAGAGAUGACCGCGCAUCAUGCCAGCUGCGGUACUACAGCAAACUGAAAGAGCUGACGAAGCUCCACUUCUACGCCAACGUGGGGACGGGACAGAAUAAACGCAAGAAGGCACACAGGAGCGACAAGAACCCGGAGCUGCAGUACAAAAAGAGCGAGCAGCGCGAUGAUCUGCGGGCGCGGUUGUAUGGCGAAAAAAUCCCGGGCCUGGAAGAAGCCCGCGGCAUAGUCGCGACGGAGUUGUACCGCUUUCCACCGUCCGGGGUCGAGCGCUUAUGCGCCUGGGUCCAAACCUCCCGGUCAUGUAAAGAGAAUUGGGGAAAGCUUGCGGCCUGGAUAUACGAAGUGCAGGAGCGGCGGCGCGAGGCAGUGGAGGUUGGUGAGCUGUUUCAGAAUCAGAUGCCGUUGGUUGACGAGUUUUUUUCCUCCCGACCCGAAAAUGCCAUUUUGAUCGAGUUCUCCGUCGGGGUGCGGCCCAAGGGAAACGGCGGGGAAGACACAGCACCGGGCGGCGGCCAACAGCAGCAGCAGAGCGCCGAUCUUGUGUUCGUCCCCGCAAACAAAAUCUUCAAAGACGCUGCCUGCUUUCCGGCGUACUGCCUAGUGUACUACAUUUCGCGCUCACCGUACGCCUUCGGCGGCGUGAUGGUGAGCCCGAUUUACGACGCGGAGAAGGACCUCAAAGAAGUGCGACUGCCGGAGACACUUGCGGCGGACGCGUUUUUCUGCUCACCCGAGUACAGAAACCGCCUGCGGUUCUUCGACCAGAAGAAAAUCCGCCUUCAUUCCGUGCGGCUUGAAGGCGGUGGCGUUGCAGCAGUGGAAGAGAGUUUUACUGUGCAAAUUCCCAGAAGCGGCGAAGUCGAGCUGGUGCAGAAAGCAGACAUCGACUUUGGCAGCAGCGACGAAGAUAGCGGGAAGAGUCUGGGCGGUUCUAACCGUCGGAACCCGCUGAUGGCCUGGGAUUCUGUUCUACCCGAAAAGCCAAAGGUAGCCGGUCUUGCGGCUCGCAAAGUUAAAUCGAAAAGGCCAGAAAACGCGGCUCCGCCUGCGCGGAAGCUUGCGGCCGAGCGCGAGGUCUCCACGUCGUCGUCCGCAGCCACGUCGUCCGCCACCUCCAGCAGCGCAGGCCCAGGUCCAGGCUCCGCGAGUGAGAAGGAAGGCUCCGCGAGUGAGCAGGAGUCGAGUGGUGAAGAAAAGGACGCCGUGCGCGGAAUCCCGGAAGCCCGGGGCCAAUACCUGCACUUGCUUUCGACGGCAGAGCGGAAGCGUCGUCUCCGUUCAGAGAGAUUAACAGUUCGGCAUGGCGCAACCGACCGGGGCUUCUCCAUAACAAUAAGCAGCGAGAGGAGCGUCAAGGUGGAGCCGUUGGAGCCGGUCUACCGCAAGUACCUUCCGGUCUUGUGCGCUUUGCCACAGUACGGACAGUCGAUCCGCAAGAUCCUCGGCCUUCGGUCUCAGCUCGGCGUGCGGACAUUCAACUACCAGCUGAAGCGGGAGACUUCCGACACCGCGUGGAAGCUGGCGAGGCUGUACGCCUGCCGCGUGUCUCUCCUUCUGGACGUAGCUCUCAAGCGUGGCGACGUAACGCAAAAGUUCGGGACCGCAGAGGAGCGCUUGAAGUACAUCCAGAGCGAGCUGGAAAAAUACGCCCGCCCCCUGGCUUCCAUAGUUGGUAGCAAACUCGGAAAGUAUGGCCGCGUGGCCACCUACACCAGGUUGAAGGAGGUUACGUUGGGUACGGUGACCACCCUGACUCAAGUUGCGGUCGCGCUGGAAAAGCACCGCGCCGCCGCAGCGGCUGCUGCAGCGGGCGCCGCGCGGGGGCAGGCCCAGCAGAAGCAGAAUCCGAAAAAACAGCACGCAAAGCCGAUAGGGAAGCAGGCGGCCCAGCCACUGCUCGCAGCUUCCGGAAACGAGCCGAGCCGGACUGCGCCACCCCCGGCGGCGGCUCCGUCCGCGCUGCCGGGCAGCAUUGGACGCACGGCACCCACGGCGCGAACAGGUGCAAAGCCGGGAGUAAAGGCUAAGCCGAAAGCGGGCGGUAAAGCCAAAGCUGGAAGUCGCGCUAUCGUGGCGCCGGGGGCCGGGCCCGCGCCGAAGCAGCCAGCAGCCAAAGCGCAACCGCGAGAGACCCUUUUGCCGCCGGAAUGACACCAGCCAGCAGCCGUCGUGCGAACGAGAGACACCAGAUGCAAGGUUUUUUUGGGGCGUUCUGCUGAUUUAUUCAACAUUUUAUGAGGCGCUAUGGUAAUUCAACGCGUUUGCAAUACGAGAGUGCCCCCCGAGGAUAUUGAAGCGCGUCGUGCUUCGUUAUCAUUGAAUGGAGAGCUUUGCUGGAAGCAUCAAUCAAUCAAGCUCAGCAGCAAUUUAGACAGCGAUCCAAAGAGCGAGACAGACCGCGAAAAGGAUUUGACGAAGCAUUACUAAAACGAAACCACUUUUGAAAGACCGACGACAAGGUGAGGUCUAUGGUAUGGCGAAUGUGAUCUCUGGAGAUCAUUCUUUGCCGGAAAUACUUAGGAUCAUUUUUUGAGGUUGUGCAAGACGCGACCGGAGCCAUUUCAGAGAAAAAGAGAAACAAGCCGCUUGGCGCUUUGCUUGGACUUUUUUUGGCGUUUUUUUUGCGUUUUGCAGCUUUUUUUUGGCGUUUUUCGGCUUUUUUUUUGCGUUUUUGGGCUUUUUUUUGCAAAACCGCGGAAAAUGACCGCGGGCCCGCCGGAAUCCGCAAAAGCAAGAAGGCGGGCGGCUGGGACCGGGCUGCGGCCUUCUUCAGCAUUUCGUCGGGGGCCGUGGGGUUGCUUCCUUUUCCCGCGCACUCAGCGCGGCCGCCGACGGGGUUCCCGGCCGCUUCGUUUUUCUGCGUUUCGCCAUUUUUUUUGCCGAUUUUGCGGAAAAAUGUUGGGAAACAGCAAGAAAAGGGGCACCGUUGGCCCCCCGCGAGCCCCGGCGCCUGGGCUGCUCCCCCUUCCCUCUCGGGGGUGUCGCCUGGGCUUUUGGCGCUUUGGACUUUGCUUUUUUGGGGUUUUUUUGGCGCUUUUGCGCAUUUUUUUUUGCGUUUCUACCCUUUUUUUUGGCGUUUUUGGGCUUUUUCAUGGCCAAAUCGCGAAAAAUGAACGCGGGCCCGUCGGAAUCGAGAAAGGCAAGAAGGCGCGCGGCCGGGACCAGUGUGUGGCCCUUUUCAGCAGUGCGCCUGGGGCCGUGCGCCCGGGUGCCGUGGAAUCGCUCCCCUUCCCCGCAAACUUAGCGCGGGUGCCGACGGGGGCCCCGGCCGCCUCGUUUUUCUGCGUUUCGCGACUUUUUUUGCCGCUUUUGCGGAAAAACCUUACGAAACAGGGAAAAAAGGGCCACCGUUGGCCCCCCGGAAGCCCAGGCGCCUGGGCUCAUUCCCUCGCCCCCCCCGGGGGCGUCGCCUGGGCUUGCGGGGGGCCAGCGGUGGCCCUUUUCUUCUUGUUUCCGGACAUUUUUUCGCAAAAUCGGGAAAAAAAGUUGCGAAACGCAGAAAAACAAGGUGCUUGGGACGGGAAGCAUGACAUCUGGCCGCCCGGGGUCCCCGGGGUAUUUUCGGCGCGUGGCCUCUUUAUUUAUGGGCCUCACCCUCAUGGCCUACAAGCCAUUGCCGGUGGGAUCCUUCCCGGCGAUUCGUUUUUCGCGGUUCCGCGCUCAGCUUCGCAACAAAAACUUGCGAAAUUAGCAAAAAAACUUGCGAAAAUGGCAGAAAAACUUGCGAAAAUCGCAAAAAAAACUUGCGAAAAUGGCAAAAAUAUUUGCGAAAAUGGCAAAAAACGGCGGGCAUUGGCCUCCCGAAAUUCCACAAGCGGCGCGCGCCUGUUUCAUGCCGCAGCCACUCGAAACCCCGGCGAGGGCUACUUGAAAUCUAAGUCGAACCUAAGUCGAACCUAAGUCAAACCUAAGUCAAACCUAAGUCGAAAAUGAGGGGGGUCGGAUUUUGGCCUAAGUGAAACCUAAGUCAAACCUAAGUCAAACCUAAGUCAAACCUAAGUCAAACCUAAGUGAAGCCGCAUGGUAUGGCCCAACUUUCACUUAGGAAAAACUUAGGUUUCACUUAGGAAAAACUUAGGCUCAACUUAGGUUUCACUUAGGGUUUUCCGCACUUUGCCGAAUUUUUUGCCGAAUUUUUCUGAUUUUUUUGGCGGAUGAUUCUGAUUUUUUUGGACAUGAUUUGUGGUGGAACUUCAUGACUUGCUUCGAGCCCGGAUGCCGCGGGCCAUCUGUCUUGUCGCGUCCGCCAUUGCCCUAAUGUUGGGAAGCCGUGCCUUCGGCUGUUUUGCCACCCGGCGGCGGCAGGUGGGCCGCAGUGUUUGGUUUCUACGUUUUGCCAUCUUUUUUCGCGUUUUCGGGAUUUUUUUGCUGCGUUUUGUACAUUUUUUUUCGGGUUUUGCGGGUUUUCGUUCGAGGGCUGCCCGGCCACUCGCAAGGAAAUUCGCUUUCCCGCAAUUGGCUGGAGAAAACCCGAUCGAAAACCGGCAAGGACAAAUAAAAAAGAAGGAAAAUGCGAAAAAAAAGCUGCAAAACGCGAAAAAAAAGUUGCAAAACGCGAAAAAAAAGCUGCAAAUCACGAAAAAACGAACACGCCCCGCUUGUGGGAACAGGAACAAAUUGGCCGGGCCACUGGAGGCUGGAGAAGGCCCGCGGCCUUAGCAUAGAUAUCUAUGUUCACUGGCCUACAACAUUAGGUUGUUUCUCCUGGUGGGUCCAUAAGCCUGUUUUUGUUUGUGUAGGUGCGGUCCGCCUGCGCUGCGCCUAAUAACUGAAGCGGCGGCUCGACCUCGUUUCUAAGUCCUAGCCUCUACUAGCGGCUCGAUUGCCUUCUUGUGGGCGCGCUUCAUUGAUUUCCGUCCGCGUGUUUUUGUGAGUAGCAAGCUGAGAAAUAUAGAGUGACACACGAGUGCACCCAGGAGCGCAAGCACCACUUCCGUGCUCCCAUCGGUUCUUUUUUUCCGUUUUUUCUCGUCCAUGGUGGGCGCGAGCUCGUCCUUUUUUUCCUGGAUAUGUAUAAGAUUGUCACUCUUUUUUUCUUUGUGGAAGCAAGUCCUUCAUUGCAGAAGCUAGCAAGCUUGCUAGUGCUACUUCUUUCUACUAGUGUUACUACUGUUGCUACUACCACUGCCACUACCCAGAAAAACCUUCGUCCUCGAUUACCAAACACAAGCAGGUUGCUUAGGUAACCCGAGCCAAGUACGGGGUGCUUUCGUAGCGCCAAAAAUCUAUUUUCAAAAACCCGUUUGUUUCGAAAAAACUUUUAAUUCUGAACAACAACAAAGUAAAAGCAUAGCCAUGGCGUGGAAAUUUACUCCCGAGUUUGCGCUCGCUGAGCUGCAGAAAGCAGCAAAGGGCGUCGGGCUGACCAAGAAGGAUUUGUCAAGUUUGAACCUUCAAUGGGAAGAGAUUCCGCUCGGAUUGCAGAACGAGUGCAGGACGCACUUCCGGCAGGAAAAGCCCACGGCGAAGCAAGUGGGGAAAUUACGUGGUACGGUGGCGUUCCAGCAGUGGUUGACCGAAGCGCAGCAGCGUAUUUUUAUCCUCUUUCACACAAAAACGGCAGCCCAUAGCUGCCGCAGCUGCAAGUUCUUUGUCGUUUAUAAGAUGAGCUAUUCCUAUAUUGAUAGCCUCGUCGCGAAGCUUUUGCAUGGUUAGUACAUAGCUAGGUAGAUAGAAGAUGCCACAGUAUUAGACUCAGUCUGCGCCAUAAGAGUAAACGCAUGGCCCUGAGUGGCAAAGAAAUCGACUAGCAAAAUAAAACCAAAACUCAGGUUGCGAACAAUCCGCCAAAGCCAAAAAAGACGCUAAAAAGAAGAAGGCGAUGAGGGACCCGUUCGACCUCGACUUCGAUUCAAAUGCGGAGCUGGGCGAUGAGGAUGAAUACGAAGAGGAACCGGACCGGGUCGACGGAUUGUUAAAGCAGUUCAUGCUGAAUGUUAACGCCGCCCCGAGGGCCGCGCACGCAAAGGUGAACGCUUGGGCGAGCCCGCUGUGCUUCAGCAUUACCGUAUGACAGAUAAAAAAAUGAGUCUAGGCCUGGAAGAGUGGGGAUUUGUGAUGCAUGUUAUGCAUGAGCCACGGCACUCGCGUCCUCUACGAUGUCGCUCCCGCAUGACUGCCGUUUUUAUACUUUCGCAUGACAGACUUUUUCUCUGUGGGCAUGCUGAUGCCGGACUUAUUUUCGCAUGGCAGACAUAUUUUCGCAUGACAGACCUACUUCCGCAGGACAAACUUACUUUCGCAUGACAGACUGCUUAAUUUGCUGUGUGAUCAAAUGCAACGGCACAGGCUGCACCCUUCCAGGCCCAGUCAUUUCUGUUUGCGCUGCAUACAGAAAGUCCAAGGACAAAACAAAUUUCCAGCAACUCGCCCUGCGACUCAAAAAGAAUGUCUACAACGCCGCGCCGCACAACGGUCGGGACCUGCGCCACGGUGUCCACAAGGUGAUGUGGACCCUAAUGGCACGGGUUGCCGUCAAUUGCACUGUGGAGACGUUUAUGACUUGGUAAUUUUUUUUUACACUGGUAUUGUCAUGAUAGGCUUCUCAUGCCAGCUAUGGCGUUUUCAUGAUCGCGAGCACUUAUAAUUUUGAUUUUCAUGAUGACUAUGCUUUUCCUUUCUUCAACAUUGACGGUUUAGGCUUGUCGCAUUUCAGCAUGACUGUCGCGUUGAUUUCCUUUCUUCAGGUGGAAAGGGUUGGGCUUAUCGCACCCGGUCUUCGACCUGGACGGCGUCAAGUCUGCUUUGUGCAGCAACAGCCCGCAGGUCUUGGACUUGCUGACUAUGAAGUGCAAAAGUGUCUGGCUCUGGAAGAGUGUAAACUCGUCAUGCAGCAGGUUUUCCAUGACCCUUGGAUCUGGAAUGCGGAACCUAGCAUGACAGAGUUUGUGAGGUCUCUCUCAUGCCUGUCCUGCAUGAGAUUGAAAGCGAACAGCUUUUGGCACUCAUGCAACACAGAUUUUUGCAUGCUUCAGAUUUAGCAUGACAAGUUGCAUCCUUCCAGACCCAGACACUUUUGCAUUUCAUACUGAUCGACCAGAAACAACAGUUGGUGUCGUUGGCAAACAAGAAGAUCGCAAAAAUGCAGGAGGAAAAGGACAAAAAGGACCCUACAAACAGAACAGUGAUCGUCCUCGACGGCGAGCCGGCGUUCUGGGCGGCGUUUUGCGAUGUACAGUAGUGAUGACGAUGGAGAUUCUGUUUUUUGAAAGUUUGGUAGACGUUAGUUUCAGUAGUGGAGUGUUUGUAGUGCCGUAGUCCUAGUUUUUCUCACAGUGAAGUAGUGCGCUUGAUAUGCUUUGUGACGAACCUGUUCUUUCGUAGUCGCGCACUGUUUGUUAUCUCGUAACUCAAAAAAAAAACGCAAAAAUAAAAGGUUUUGCAAGCGCGGGGCGUUGAUAAGCCUUUGGAGAUUCUCUGCCGGGGUUUGUUGGAUAUCACGAACGGACGCGCACAGGGAAACAAGGCGGCAGUGUACCGGGAGCAGCACCUGGAGCAGCUGCAGCAGAAACAGCAGGAGGAACUACAGCGCAACCAGGAACACCUGCAAACCCUCGCUUCCGACGCACGAAGAAAAUGGGUCGAGCGGAAUCUCGACUCCAUCCAACAAAAAAUGAACAAUCCCCCCGCGGCAGCGGCGGCGAGUAAUCCGGAGUCGAAUCAAGAGCAAUCUUCCGGAUCCGAGGAAGAGUCUUCGGAAUCUGAAAGUCAGGAGCAGGAUGUUGAGUCCGAGAAAGCGCCGGCGGUUUCUGGUGGAUCCAAUAGUAACAACGACGAAUCUUUGCAUGCGGUGGAUGACUCGGAGGCGGAGAUGAACUCGGAAGAGAGCCAGGAGCAGCAGGAGCCGCAGCCGGCGACCACCACGGAUGACCAAGUGGAAGUGCAGACGGAUCAGCACAUGCAGACGGAUGCUGGGCAGAUGACCAUGGCGGAGGAGCUGUUGAGCGCGGAGGCCGCCCUGGAGCGCAGCCAGCCGAUCGAGGACUAUCCCCUGGAGCAAAGUUCGGAGGUCUCCGGCGCCGAGCAGGAGGAGCAGGCGGGCGGGGAAGAUGUGGCGGAGGGAAAUCCGGCCCACCAGGAGCAGGGCCCGGCGGCGGCGGCCCACCAGGAGGAGGAACAUACCUCCCACCAGGAGCAGGAACAUGCGGUCGAUGGCCAGGGCGAGCAGGCGGGUGAGAACAGCAUCGUGGAGAGCAGUAGCAGCAUCGUGGACGAUUUACCGUUGGUCUGCACAGUGGAAGAUGAGACGCUGUACAACAUCUUUUACCAUAACAUGAAAACAGGCGAGAACACUCGCCUGGAGGACAUCACCAAGCUCAUCCAGGAAAACGACGCGGUGAGUGGCUUUAUCAAGUGUAAAAAUGUCUGGGUCUAGAAGAAUGCAACUCGUGAUGCUGCAUUUGGAUUCCAAAAAAAUCUGUCUUGCAUGAGUACCAAAGGAAGUGCAAUUUUUGCUACGCUGAGAAAGCAUUUGUCAUGCGGAAUACGCAUCAAGAAGCCCUCAAAAAAUCUGUAUUGCUAAGGUAUGCAUCACAGACAUCAUGGCUCAUGCAAAACGUGCAUGACAAGUGUCAGAAUCUUCCAGACCCAGACAUUUUUAAAGUUGAUAGGCUUCUAUAUGGAGCAAUUUGAUCCCCUCUGCAGCAGUCCCGUCCAUAAGUACUUGCAGGGCUCGGACGGGAACUUCUACCAGUGGACCGACAUCUCCUGGGCGCACAUCCAGCAGUACACUGCGAAGCCGUUGACUGAGGAAAAAAUCUUGCAGUACGACCUGACUUCCGAGCAAAUGUCGAAAUUGUCGUACGCCGAAUUGACCAAUAAGUCCGUCUUCGACGUGCCGUACUACCAGCGGCUGUGCAUGAAGCUGGAAGAGGGAAAAACCACGACCAUCUUGCCCGGUAUGAUCGGGAUAGAAAAAGCGCGGAGGGGGAUCAUCCGGAAAUUGGUCAUGGACCGGGUGAAGGCCGAGGAGGAAGAGCAGGGCGAGCCGCAGGUGGGUUAGUUUGUUGCUUUGGGAAAAAUAUUCGCUCAUCAUCACAUCGUUCGCUUUCUUCGGCUGUUUGUCAUAUGAGUUUUUUUUCAUAUCUUCAAACCUUUUUUUCGCCCCCGAUAAAUAUAAGCAUGCUGCUACUUGUUGCGCAUAGCCAAGCUUUGAUAUAACAAUUGCAAACUAUGAAAACAGCACGCGGAGGACAACGAGCCCCCCACCGAAGCUCCUGCGAAUUCAGCGCCGUCCAACCUCGCGGCUGCGGUGACGCCGCAGAACCUUACGAAAAAGCUUUUCGAAGGCGGACACGAAGCUCCAGAAGGUGGUGAAGAGGAUGAUGGAGAGAAGGGGAAGAAGCUGAAAAGUACAACGACGGUGAAGCCGAUGAAGCAGCAGCUCGGGCAGAAGCAGUCGAUUUUGCAGAAUAAGCAGCAGCAGCAGCUCGUGGGGCAGACGAAUACGCAAGUGACGGCCGGUGGGAAGAAAGAAGAGGUACUUCUACGAAUUAGUUUUGGAAUGGUCUCGGGUAGGAUUUAGAAUUUUGGCUCUUCGGUACGGCCGGUAGUUGCUUUUCCAAUCAAAUACUUUUCCAGAAACACCAUGAGGAGUUUGUUUCGGAAAUAAAUCAAAUAGUACAACCCUCUCCUACAGUUAGCCGCGUUGCUGAUGAAGUUGGCCGAAGCGGACCGUGGACCCACCAAGACCUACGAGCGGUAUGAGGACACUGUGCGAAAAAUCAAAGCAGAGCACAAAGCACUGUGCCAGAAAGUGUUGGCUACUGGGAACCAGACGGAGCUGGUGGGUUUGCCGGAAAUUUGCAGGCGGAUCACGAGUCGCGGGUACACGCUGGCCCAGGUGAUGAGCCAGUGCUUUGCGCUGGAAUUCCCGGGAAUGGAAGCGGAGCAAAUUGUACAAGUUAUUUUUUCUAAUUCUAGUGCCGCACCUACUUGGACAGUAAAAAGCUUGUUUUUAGUUGGCAAGCGAAGGCUUUUUUGUUUCGGCGAUACCGAGGCAAGUUGUUGUAGCCCACCCGGAGCCAGUGCUUUUAUUUCCAAACCCAAGCCAAAACUUCAGAUCAUCCAGCCGGCGCAGAAGUUCGAAUGGAUGUCGAGGCUGGGCGAUGACGUCAGCCUGUUGCUUGACGGUCUGGAGGACUUUCGACCCAUCCUGGAUGGUAUGACGGGUUUUCACGAAUGUAUGUUGAGCAAGGACGGUUAUUUCUUGCCCGCCCGCUUCCUCUCCCGGCAUCAGCAGUUCUUGUCGUGCAUAGAACAGCUGAUGCCGGGGGCGGUUAGCGCGGCGAAGAAAUCGGAGCACCAGCUGUUGCUGAAACAGCUGCGGACGAACGAGGAAUUCUGCCCCCCGCUCGGUUUGUUGUGGACCGAGCAGGGCAAGCCCAAGGACUCGAAGUACGACCCGUGGGUUCACGUACUGGCGCAGUGCGUCGGUGCGGUGAAGAGUCGCACCAGUUUGGCCGAAUAUGCGGAAGACCGGCAGGAGGUGUACAAAGCGGUCGCCGCCUUCAAUGCGAAGAGCAAAAACGGUGGAUGGAAGGACUUCGUGCUGGGUUUUUCGAAGCAUCUGAAGGAUAUCCAGCAGCCGGACAUCGCGAAAAUUGUUGAGCUGGGGGAACAAGGUACUUGAUCUUGUACCCUUGUAGGGUUUCAUUUGUGCUGGAAGUUGUACGCACUUGCACUUGGGAAUUGUAAUGCGCUCGCACUGGUGCUUGAGCUUGUAGGUACUUGAGCUUGUAGGUACUUGUAGGCGCUUGCGCUUGAACUCGGUGCUUGUGCUUGAACUUGUAGGGUUUUCAACUUUAGAUUUUUGAAUCUAAACUCAAGUUUUCAACUUUUGAGUCUCAGUGUGAGUUCUCCUACAUGGGCUGCAAGUUUUCAAUUAAUUUGUGAAUCUAAACAGGUAACUACAAAAAAGCGGAGGAAAUCAGGGUGAAAAUCACCGCGACGGAGCGGGAUUUCUCCGACAUAAUCCCAGAAUUCCCGCACUGGGUAUCCUGUGCAAAAGUAUCGCACUCGUACUAAUUGCGGCUAUGCAUUCCAAAUCUAGGUCUUAAGAGAAAUCAGCAUUACACAUUUAAUUUGUAAUGCUGAGCCGAUUUGUAAUGCAAUUUAUACUAGUGCGCUACUUUUGCAGUUCAUACUGGCAGGAGUUCGACAACACCACCGCUGUGGGGAAACAGCUCCUCGCCCUGCGGGGUCGCCGAAAGAAGAAGGGAAGCGCAGAACCCGCGGAGCUGAAUUUCCUCGGCUCGGAGGGGCCGGACAUCGAUGACAACCCGAUUUUGGACGACCAGACCCCGAGCGCCACGACCAAAAACAAAAAGAAGCAAUCCAGUCCAGUCCGGAAGCCGGAGGACGACAUCGACGAAUUAGUGCAGCGGAUGGGCAUCAUCUCUCCGUCGAGGGCGGCGGAGGCCAGGCUGCUCAUCCGCAGCUUCGGCGUCCCCACAACCACUACCACCACUACCACCACCAACACCGACCAGGAGCUCAGCGCCUACGGCCUGGCUGGGUACGAGUUGGAUGUUUCCGAAGGGGCCGGACUGCCGGCGGAGCCGAAGUUUCCGAAAAUGAAAGCGAUGAGGAGCAAGAAUAGCAAAAACGUCGAUGCGAAAGAUGCCCGCGACCCGGCCAACCUGGUAAUGCAGGAGGACAUUGUGAUGGAGGACAACAUCCAGUUCCAGGCUGCUGGUGCGGACGGGAACAACAAGCGGAACAACAAGCGGGUGAACAAACAAAGCGUCACCGCCAACGCUCAGCUGAUGACCCCGCUGAAGAAACCGAACCGCAAGAGCAGCAAGAAUAUCGCGGUGGAGCAGCAGGAGGAGCAGAUUCCGGUCGCGCAGGCCCCGGAGGAGCCAACCGCUGCAGGGUCCGCGUCCGGGAAGAAAAACAAAAAUAAGUCGCCGGUGCGGAAAGAAAACACCAAGAACAAGAAUCCGCUCAAGGUCAAGGUGGAGGAGGACCCAGCUGCCGAUGAAGGGCAGGGGGAACAAGAUCAAGGAGGUGCAACGAAGAUGAAGAUGAAGCACGCCGGAAAGAGGAAGUAAAGCGCGAUGAUCAUGAGCAUUGAAGUUAUUUGAUAAUGAUUUGAUCAUAAACUAGAUGCAAUCGUCGAUAAUAUGAUUAGUUUAUGAAUAACUUCUCAUCAAUUUACUAUCGUCUCUGUAAGUAGGAAAAAGUAGCUGACUUCUUUCAGCGCUUACUUCUAUUUUUCCGCGCGACCACUGAGUUCCUCUCCAUUGAUCGAGUCUAUAACCAUGGAUCGAGUUGUUCUUCAUGGAUCGACCAUGCGAUGUAUCUAUUCCAUCUCCAUGCAGCAUACUCGCCAUCUUGAUCGAAAGCGAGUAUUUCAGUCUUGAUUUGCGAGCGGAUAGAUUUACGAUACAGACAUGAGAAGACUGGAAACUAGAGCAAACUUUGGCGACAGCAUGACUUUGUAGAUGAAGAAAUAAUAAAUAAAAAAUAGAUUGCUGGCACGAUAGGAAAAAUUAAAAAAAGCGCAAAGCUUUGCGAUGGCGUCGACAGGAACAGUAAAAAAAAAAUUGCAAGUAUAUAUUGAAGUAGAAAAUAAUUCUAUCUGGAUCGCGGACACUGAAGGCAUAGGUUAGUUAAGCGUGAGUUUUCAUCUCCCCGGAGCCAUAGACUGCUCGUCUACAACUUAUGAAAGAAAAAAUAGAAAGUGAAAAAUAUUAAUAUUUCUUGCGUGGUUACUAGGAGGAGGAGGAGGUUUGCUCCUGGUGAUCUUUUUCGUUGUAAUUCAAAAAUAUAAUUUUCUCUACUCGUGCGGAAGUUGUGUUGCGCUCCUGAAACUUCUUGCGCUCCAAGCACUGGCAGGGCCCUCGUUCUGCGUGGAAAGCUGGAAAACGCGAGCGGUUUGCCGUUUCGAUAGCUCGCGAGCCUUCCGAGCUGACGUUUUCAGCAUUAGACCCUGUUUUGGCUGCAAAAGGUGCGCGCAGCAGGGUAGCUGCGGCGUGCGAACCCUGGCUGCGAAAAGCCAAUGCAGCAACAACAGCGCCAGGGCGGCAGCGCCAGCAUACCGGAACUCGCAGAUGGCUGGGGCAGCUGUCGGGCGGGGCGUCUGAUGGCGUACCGCUUGGAAAUGCGCCACUGUCGCGGUCGCCUUGAGGACGAGGUUUAUCCGGCCCUGCGAAGACUGUGCGCACCCCUCGCGCGCGCUUUGCCGCUCGGGCCGCCCAUCUCCGGGUCUAGCAGCCCAGAACCCAGUCACGGCCCUGUCUGUCCCUCCCGGCAGAAACUCACGCGCCCGAACCUGCUAAAGGGAGGGCGCCCCCACGCUCGCUGGGACUGCGCCAGCGGGCGCCCGUUUCUGUUUUCCCCGUCCCCUCCCUCGCGCCGGUGGGCGCCGCGCCGUGGCGCCUCGCGUUGUCGGCGGACGGAGUUUGGAAAUGUGACGCGGGGCGUGUAGUUGUCAAGCUGGAUUGAGGUGCAAACGCUACUUCCAAACUAUUUUAAUACGAUGAAUAGCAGGAGAAUCAAUUGAAUUUGAAAAAGAAGGUCGUAGAAGUGAUAAAAGCCUAAAAUUAAUUGAUGAGGUCGAUCGUACAGACCUAGGGAUCGACGUCGCACUCUCGCAGGCAGCAGUCGUCCUGUCUGAAAAACCCGAAGCAGAACCCGAGGCCUCGGGGGAAGAAGUAAAGCAUCAGUAAAUGAUAUAUUUAUAUUUAUUCCUAUGUUGAAGAUAUAAAAAAUUUAUGAGGAAAGAUAGCAGGGCAAAAAAAAAACAAGUCCUGCGUAAGAACAAAAGCAAAAAAGAAAAAACGAGAAAUAAAUGGGUCCACAUGAUAUGAACGAAUCAACUCACCGGGGCAUAGACACAAGCAUACACAUGACGGAAAAGUUUACGAUGAAAACAAAACGCCGGAGGCAGCCCUGGCGCCUUCUUUCUAGAAAAGCCUUUGUAAGUAACCUUACCACCGACCGACGGGCUGCGUGUUCGUAACAAAAGGUUGCUCCUUCUGGCCACCUCUUUCUGGAUCGCAGUGAAUCCUGGCCAGAGAGUGCGCUGGUUCUGGCCUUUGUGUUUUCUCGUGCGUUAGUUUUCGUUCUUUUCUCUUCGUCACCUUGCAAUGAUGCCACGAGAUCCAAAGAAAGAACAAGAUAGAGAUACUGCACGAGACAGAUACGAACUAACCGGCAAAACACUACACCACCGCGUGACUUUUUGGCUCGUGCUACAGUAAACGCGCGGCUACUAGUGGGGUGGCGGCUGGAAACGCGCAACAUCCAUGCGCUGCAGUGUUGAAGGCAGGUUCGUAGUUCAAAAAAUUGGUAUUGAUAGUGAACAAUAUGACUCCGCCGCUCGUUUCCAUCCAUCGUUGCUCUCCCAAGAGGCUACUUUCGAGGCUGUCACGCUACCUGACUUCUGCCUUGGCGUGAGCUAGUGCUAUGAGUGACCUCUGCCUUAGCCGACUUCCGUCAUGGCCGGCACAGGCACACCCCGCGAUGUUUUAUUCGCACCAGAGGCGGACCACUUCUGGCCUCUAUUUUUCUUCGUCGAGGAGAGGUGGUGCAACUUUUUGCUUCGCCUAGAAAAAGACCCAGAAGCCGCCACGCUUUCUCCGCCUGCUGGCGAGACGAUCAUCGUCCCGGUCUACCGCAAGCUCGGGUGUUGGGAAACGAGUGAUGACCCGCGGUUGGAUGGCGACGUCAUUCGUGAUGAAGUGACAAUUACAGGUGAGGCGGUUGACAGUUGGUGCGCAACGAAAGGCAGGGCGGAAAAUUCAGACUCUGUGGCGGUCCGGCGGCUGCAGCUCAUUAAUCGCACGGUGAAGAGUUCUCGAACCGCUUGGCAGGAUCGGGUCAGGACCACUUUGGUGUGCUGCUGGGAGAUGAGCGUGAAUUUUAUCUCCGACCUCGAGGAGUGGUUCCCAGGAACCGGGCACAUCUCGGCGUCGCAGUUUGAAACUGCAGCGAAGGCAUUGAUGCGGGUGCCGGAAAACGCGGGCCGCUACUGGAAGAAAGACCAGUAUUGGCGGAGUAAGGAAUCGGAGAAGUAUGUCGCAGCCGCGGAGACAGAGCUGUGGAGCCAGCUAGACGACAAGGCUGCGCGGUUCAAGAAGCGCGGGCGAAACGGCGAAAAAGUCGAAAAAAACGACCUGGUCAAGGAGGCGGUGGAUUGUUGCGGUGUCUGGACGGCCUCCAAGUUCAUUCUCUGGAUGCAGGGUUCAUACGACUUGGACCGCGACCCGGAAGCGGAGCGUUUGCCGGGGUGCCUGCGCGUUGCAUCGAAAUCGACGCUGGUGUUUGGUGGUGGCCCACGUCGCACCCUCAAUCUUUGCUUCCGUCCGGACUACCCAAACGUCGCGACGACGGCAACAAAGAAAAAGUGCGACCUGCAAUUUUUUUCAGAUAACGCCCUGGAGUUCUUCGUGCGAAUGCGGACCCGGAUGACGAAAAACCCCGAAGCAGCGCCAAACUGCCGCAAAGUUUUCGACGUUCGCCGUGGUGAAAACUGGACAGGCAACGAUCUACGGGACAAAAUUCUCUACACGAGCUACCUCUGCGAAUUCAGCCGAUGCUGGAAGCACUUGACCGCGGGUCUGAAGAGGUAGGUGAAGACGCUGCAAUAAGUAGAUCGCUGACCUCGCUAGGUCGUUAACACUGGAAAGUAAGCCUUCUCGUGGUCGAUGAGUCGGCUCCUAGACUCGGCUUCGGCUCUACCCAAAUAAAUUUUCAGAAAAUGAAAAUCCGCUCACGAAGGGCGUCCUGCCGGUUCGCCUGCUAAGAAAGUGGUUUUCAAUGAGUAUGGCGCAGUCUCUGAAGGGGCGUUGGAUCUUGGAUCCGGGGUGUUUCGAUGAUGCCGUGGCAUUCAGGACUCGAGUGCUGCCCGUGGCAGCUUGGGUCGUUCUCGAUGGAUAGGAGGAUCUAGGAAAAACAAGAAAAGAGAUAUUCGACGCAUAGCAAGAUCUAAGAUCUUCUCGAAAGAUUAUGUUGCGAUGGAUAGCAAGAAGUGUCGAUGGACAGCGAGAAAGCACUGACCUAGAAAGAUCUGCAAGCGAGAUGCUUUAUUUUCUGAAUUCCGAGGCAAUGCCUCCACUCGAUCACGAAAAUCGCUGCCCAAGAGUCAGAGGCCCCUAUUCCAUCUGCGAAGCGAUAGCGUCCGCCUGAAAGGCCGCGCAAAUUGAUCUGAUCGACAUUCCCCCACUAAAAAACUGACUCAUUUAAUCUGACCACAUGGAGCUAUGAACAGCAGGACGCCAAUCCAAAAAUAAUGACGCAGGGCACGAGUCAAAAGCUUCCGCGGCGACGUGCUUGCGACUUUCCCAAAUCGCGCAAGAUCCACGUCUAGAACUAGAUAGCACAAAACUCAAAAAAACAGCGAAGAUCUCGGACCGGUUUUAUGAGAUAAAUUGCGGAUCUGUUGUGCACAGUGGCGUCUGCGUCGUCGGAUCAGAAAUGUUGACUCGUUGCCCCUUCUUGCUUGGGCUGAUCAAGAGGGGUCUGUCGAUAUCCUCUCAGACAGUGCGUCGCGUCUUCGCCGCCUCGCUGGGCGGGAUAAAAGUGCAGCUGUCUCUAGUGCAAACAUCGUGCAAAAAAUCAGAUCGCGUGUCGCCCUUUUUCGUUCUUCACCUCUCUAUGUCGCUGAUUCGUAGGCGAGAUUUUGCACCAAGUCGUUGCCGUAAAAUUCGUUCGUGUUGGGCUUUGUCUAAAUUGGUUGGAAUGCUGGAAAGAGGACCGACGGAAAUACGCAGAACGCAUCAAAUUGCCACCGGUCUACGUAGGGCAAUCCAAAAUAAUCAGAACAAAAUCCAGAUAUCAAGCGGGUUUUGAAGCUAAACACGGUGGGACUACACUUAGGAAUCACUUAGGCCAAAUAAUCCUUUAUUGAGAAAAUCCACUAGUAAAAAAUGUGUGUUUUUUUUUGUGCCCAGGCGACCAAGGCAUUGGCAUUUCCCAUGAGGAAGACGAAGAUCCGCCUCUUGGAGAUGCAAUAAAAACCCCACGACCAGAAGUGUCUGCUCUCUUCCAGAUGACCCAGAUCGAUAUUUUCCCCUUGAUGGCAACGGAAAGCUUAGCCUGGACGAGUGGAAAGCAGGUGGCGGAGACUCGGACGACUUUCACGAUAUCGUAUUUACUUAUUCUUUUUCAGAAUCAUCUUCAUCAUCAAUCUCGACAUCAACAUUACAUCUCGUUCUCCUGAUACAAAAGUAAAAAGUACCUCCUACGACCUCUGUAGAGCACGUGCAGAUACUUAGGGCUACUUCAUUGAUGCAUCUUCGCCACGAGGAGGACAACUUGUUGGCCGCUGGUGCACAACUUCUGAACCAUGGACGAUAGAUCUCUUCUUGUAGACUUCUUUGCAUGCAGCAUAAUGCAAAAAUGCUAUAACUACAAAAAACAAACAGGCCGACUUCCGAAAGGGACACGCCGGCUCGCCUGCGUUCAUGACUGGUGUAGACAUUGCAGAAGGGAAUCUAGAUGGCGAACCUGGUCUGAACAGGGAUGAGGUUGCGCUUGGGCAUCUGAUAUGAUCCACAAGAAAUUUCGCGUACUACACGACGUCGAACAAAUGUGGCUUCCGCAUGACAAACUUUUCCGUUCAAAGAACCUCUUCAGCAUGACAAGUUGAAAUUUGUGACGCAUUUUGUACAACAUCAUGUACGGGAAUAAAUUUGUAAUGCAUAUCUGGCGCGAGAGUUUGGAAGCGACGACAAAAUCACCUUGGGCGACCUAAACACUAUGGACGAAGAUGGCGACGGCAAAAUAUCCUGAUUAAAAACGUCCCCACACCAGAGUCAAGAUGGGGAUUUUGCAACACAAACCUAGGAGUUUUGGGAGUCACGCAUGACAAGUUUCAGUCCGGCGUAAGGUAGUGCAAGUUAGCAAGGAAAGCCGCAUCACAAAUCGAUCUGCUGAUCCUGUUUACAGCAUUACAAGUUCUCAAACACGAUUGAAAAUGCCUGUGAUGGGGUUGCGCAUCACAAAUGUUCCUGUGAUGGCAAAUCUGCAUGACAACUCUGGGGUGGGGACGUUUUUACCCAGGAUACAGAAUCGGAGAGAGAGAGUGGCAAGAAAACGGCCUACCACGGGAUGUGUUCAAAGCCAUCUCUAUCCUGGGUAAAAACUGCGUCCCCAGCUGCACCCUAGAGUCAAGAUGUUUUGUUUUUUCGCUGCACAAAUCAACAAGGUAGUUUGGCUUCUUGCGCAUGACAAUCUCCUUGUGCUUUCAGUGUAAAACUACUCAAGUACUCGACCGUGUUUAUCAUGUAAUUGUAAAGAGACAUCACAAAUUCAUCACCUCAUCCGGAUUAGAGCAUGACGAGUCCACCUUCUUGCCACAUAGCAUCUGCAGAGGAUGCUCCUCAUGUCGAGGUUCUUGCGCAUGACAAACAUUGUAGGCAUGCCAUUUUGCAUGACAAAUCUUGGGACGUGGUGAGGACGUUUUUACAAAGGAUAAUCUCGGGUGGACACCACCAGGCUGAGGAGGGUCUGGGAAACGUUAUCCUGAGUAAAAACGUCCCCACACCAUAGCUGUUAUGCAGCUUUGCAAUCACAGGAAGAUUUGUAAUGCGCAUCCCCAUGAGAAGCAUUCCCAAUCGCGUUUUGGACUUUGUAAUGCUGUAAACCGGAAGAUGAGUAGAUGGCUUUCUGAUGCGGCUGCACUUACUGAACUUCACUACAGUACAGAGAGGAACUUGUCAUGCGUGACUCUCAAAACUUCUCGACCUGCUGUGUUGCGAGAUCCCCAUUUUGACUCUGGGGUGGGGAUGUUUUUACUCAGGAUAAACGUCCUCGGGAAGCAAGAAUUCCGUGAUGCUUUCGGAUAUGCAUUGCAAAAGCAUCGUACUAGUAUGGAUUGCAUUACAAAUUUUCUCAGCAUUAGAAAUAGGAUUUGUUAUGCUGUUUUAGUUUUAUCUUUGGAUGGAGUAGAUUUGUAAUGCAUAUAACAGCGAUAAAAAUUACUACAAGUGCGAUACUUUUUGCAUUGCAUAUCCCAACAGACGGCUUGUCAAAAGAUGACAUGAAAGACCUAAUGCAUCCCGACAAUGGUCAUGAUCAGGACGUAUGCCUUGCAAAAAUUAUGUGCCGUAUCAAAAGCAAAAAUGUCUGGGUCUGGAAACUUGUGAUGCUGGGUGGCGUCUCAUGAUGAGGCUACAGAUGCUGGCUCAGCAUGACAAGUUUCUGAGCUCCUAGGUGUUGCCUAUUCUGCAUGACAAACUGCGCUUCUGCAUCACAGAAAAACGGAGUUCUUGAGUAACGUGCAUGACAGAUUUAAGAGUCAUGCCAGACAAGCAUGACAAACAUGAAUUCUUCCAGACCCAGACAUUUUUACAGUUGAUAUGCCGGCGGUCUGGAAGGAUGCAAACUUGUGAUGCUCGCUUUCAGUUGCACGAAAAUCUGUCGUGCACGAGUAGCAUGAAAGGCUGUCCCAACAUUUAUUCGGCUAACUUGAAGAGACGCGAUUUCUCAUGCAGAAUAGGGAUAGGGAUAGGCAUUCCAAAAAGCCCUUGCAAAUAAACUUGUGAUGCUAAGCCCCUUGCUAUUUUUCCAGAUCUUCAGGGAGGUCAUCGUCCAAAACCUGCAUGCCAAACUUCUGCACCCUUCCAGACCGAGAUCGUCGAUAUUUGCAAUGCAUAACGUGACCUCUUCAAGAUGGGCGGUGGUAAGUCCAGCGAUACUGUAGUAUGCGUGGCACCAUCAAAACUGCUUGCCUCGUCGUACCACCUCUGGAGCAAAUUAGUAAUUGCUGAAGAGAUGAACUACAACUUUUUCCGAAAGCGAAAAUGAAACUUGUGAUGCUGAUUUUCAUUUUGAAAUCAAGAUAAUUCCUGUCAUAUUGCGUGCUGGCGGUAUACAACGACCUCCGUUGGCGCGACGAGGAGCACAGUGCGGUGCUUCUGAGUUUGAUAUUCAAUCAGCUGGUUUGAUUGGAAUAAAAUGGAUACGGAACUAUCCACUGCAAACAUCGAUCUGGGUCUGGAACAAGAAUGCAAAAACUUGUGAUGCUGUCUUUGGAUUCUGAAAAAAUCUGUAUUGCAUGAGCAGCAAAGCGAAUGCGAUUUUUGCUACGCGGAGAGGGCAUUUGUCAUGCCGAAUAGGCAUCAAGAAGCCCUCAAAAAAUCUGUGAUGCUAUGGCAUGCAUGACAGACAUCAUGGCUCAUUCAAAACGUUCAUGACAAGUCUCAGAAUCUUCCAGACCCAGACAUAAUUGCAAUUGAUAGGAACACGGCAAACAGAAUGUCGUCACUUGGGAGGAAGCGCAGGCAUAUGUUAGUGCACAACUCCCCCUCUCGCCCCUUCUCUAUUGUGAAAUGCGUCAAAUAGAAAUGCCAAAAUCCGUCUUGCGUGGAACAAACACCGUCUGCAUCAAUAAUUUUCUUGAGCCUGCUCACACUGUGCUCCAUUGUCCGCGUUAAGAUUUGUCAUGUGAGGGCCGUCGCCUGUGCUGCUUUCCCUGUACUGCUUCCCCUUUGCCGGGUUCAGAUUUGUCCUGCGAUUUGUUGUACUUCUGCCGUUGCUCGUGCUGCUGCUCAUAGGUUGAUUUUGAGGGUGACCGGGGGAUUUGUCCACACUGAUGGGCUCGGCGGGAUAGACCGAGGUGCGCGUCAUCAGCUGUUCGGAUGAGAUUCAGAAUGCAGGGUUGCAGCUUUAUUGUCACACGACUCCUAUAUAUAAAGUGAAGUCUUCGACUUGAUUUUAUGCACGCAAGCAAGCAGUUUACGUCUUUACUAAGUGCAAAUCGGAAUCAAAUAAUUUUAAAUAACAGGGACCUUCAACCAAUACGCUGGGGCUGACGGGAGGGUUACACCGUAUUAAAUGCAAUCAUAUGUCUGGGUCUGGAAGGUUGAAUGCAAAACUUGUGCAUCUCGACGAGAACGCGCAUGUUGGGCUGGAAUGCACACAGAAGCACUACAGACUGCUUCGCGAGAUGACCUCCCCGACGCGCAUUCCGCAUGAGAAGUCCGCCUUUUGCCUAGCAAGAGAAGUCUUAGUCGCCUAUGGUCACUGCUACUACUUGCCUAGCAAGCAAUGGGCAACUUGUGCCGACGAUGUUAAACACAUUUUUCUUUUGUGCUCGCAUCAUGACAACCUGCAUUCUUCCAGACGUGGAGGACAUAAAUUUGCAAUGCAUACACCGCAGGACCUAGAGAAUCUCAACAUGGGGGUACGCGGGUGACCGCAAAUAUGGAACUGUCCGGAUUGAAAUCGUCAAAGUCGAAACAGUUUGCCAUGCAUAACAUGCAACACAGAAAAUGCCUGUCUUGCAGAGUAGACUUAAGGGAGGCAGAAGAUUGUAAGCCUCUAGCUUCGGGGUAGAAAUAGAGCUGCUAAAGUAGCAUGACAAAAGGCGUCUUCCUUACCCAAACAGCAUUACAAACUGGAUUUCGGCUCUACCCAAAUUUGUCACGUGCCGCUUAGACAUUGGGCUUGCAACUGGUAUCGAUUUCAUGCAUUGCAAGUUACUUCAACUUUGUCGAUUUCAACUCUGACACAUCCAUACCAAAGUCAUAAAAGAUAUUCCGUACUACGAACAGAGUUACAUCAUCUAGGUCUUUAUAUUUUUGCAUUCGAUUCUUUGCAGAAGAGAUGACUACAACGAACAACGCAGUAGAAGUGGUAAAUAUAGAAGAAAAAGAAGUUCUUGCUCCUGUUUGGUUAUUUUCUUCUCAUGUAGAAAGAUGUAGUAAUUAAGCGUUGAUUUUUGUGUUGAAAUUGAAAAAAAAUUUAGCCCACUCUGGAUACGUAGAGUACGGAGAUACAGUUUUGUAUGGGAUAGCUCGGUAUGAAAUGCAAAAAUGUCUGGGUCUGGAAGAAUGCAAAGGUUUGUCAUGCAGAUUUUCCAUGACCUUGACCCAUGGAGUCUGUGAUGCAUGCCCGAGCGUCAGAGAUUCUGUGACGGCUUUCUGAUGCUCAUACCGCAUGAGAAAUGGCCUCUCCGCGUAGCACAAAUUGCGCCUCUUUUGCUGUUCAUGCAAUACAGAUUUUGUGUAGAGUCCAAAGGUAGCAUCACAAGUUGCAUCCUUCCAGACCCAGACAUAUUUGCAAUGCAUACACCGUGACGAAAACAUGAUCGGCCACGAGGAACAGGAAGUUAUGAACGCAAUGGACCUCGAUAACCGCCUGAGCUAUGGAUUGCAAAUAUUUCAUCUGGAAGAUGUCUGGAAUAAACUUGUGAUCUUCAUCAUGGUGAUCAAAGAUAAUCUUCACAAAGAGUCCUCAAUUACAAUUGACGGGUAAGCAUGACAAGUUUGUGGUUUGCUAGGUGUUGAUGUCAGUUUUUAGCUUGCUAGUGUUUCAGCAUUGCUUGUUGGGUUUCCGGCGUGACAAACUGCGUAGAUUCUGCAUGAUAAAGUCAUUGUAAUGGAGCUUUAUUUGGGGAGCGUGCAUGACAACGUUGAGGGUCAAAGUCAUGCUAGUCGAGCAUGACAAACCUUUACAGUUUUCCAGGCCCUGAAAUAUUUGCACUGCAUAGGACCUACGAGGAAGCGAAAAACCACGACCCCAACCUGCUGGUCGACCAAUCACACGGAGACGGAAAGCACUACAAACUGCUCAGGUGUCACAAUCAUCUCAGUUACACUAGAAGUGCAGAUUCAUGACACAGCACGCAGGUGACUGAUGAUCCGGCCUCUUCUCAACACGGGAAACAGAUGCGCUGGCGCUGCAUGAAAAGUUUAGGAAGUAGCGCCAAACAAACUACACCCCCUAGUUGUAGAGAAAAAAUCUUGCGUAAGAAGUCUCUGUUUGGUACUUCUCAUGCCGUAGUUGAUGCAAGACAAUUUUUGUCGUACUAGCGUUCGAGAUUGUACUAACAUCUGAGCAAGCCAUAAACGCGACCUCCUGGUCCGCGCCCUAGACGAGGACAACAAUGGCGAAGUGAGCAGAGAGGAAUUUUAGUAUAAAAAUACUUAUUUGUGUUUCAGUUUCUAUCUUCAUUGUGUCCGAGUUCUUUUGCAACGUACUACACUGCAAAAGCCAAAUCAUUGACAUUGGCCUGCUACGUAUGUUCGUGAGGGGGUUGAUGCGCGGGUAAUUGUGUAGACACGUGUUUGAUAUAGCAGUUUUACGAUUUUUGAUUGCUCAUGCUACUGUGUAUUCUACUUCACUUCAGCGCUGCGGAUACCUCGAGCCACGAACAAGGAGCGGCUGGCACUUCGGAGCACGGACAGGCAGGGGACUAUGAAAGCCUCAGGUUGGAAAUCCUCAAAGUGGAAAUGAUUUGUAAUGCAAAAAAACGACUCCAGGUGAAGCGGCAUUUGUAGUCGGCGCAUGACAAAUUUCCCGGGCACCUAAAGCAUGUCUGUCAUGCAGUUUAAGGCAAAGGGGUGCCCUUCUGUCGUGCUUGGCAGCACUCCAAUUCUUCACCCCUAGCAGGAAAAUAGUCGGCCUCAAUUGCGUCCUCUGCAAUACAGUCUUUGUUGCGUCACAUUUCAUGCAUCACAAAGCAUUUCCACUUUGAGGAUUUCCAUUCAUUCUGAGGCUUUCAUAGGGACGUUACUGGAAAGGACGGCCUGUCGACCCAAGAAAUUCGGCGAGCCAUGCAUGACCACCCUCAUGUGCCGGACAGCGACUCGCCAGAUACGCCAGCGACGACGGAUCCAAAUCCGCUAGGCCCGACUAGUAGAGAAGUGCACAACGCCCCUUCGACGUCCCCUUCAUUUGUCAUGCAAAAUAUCUUUGCCAUCUGUCCAGCCUACGCUUUAUUGCCACCGGGCUGCACUGAUUCAUUGCAUCAACAUCGCUUUCGGCCGCAGCUCUCGGCCAAGCAGCUGCACCACUAUUUAACUGUAUGUGCUUGUGCAUCGACCUGUCAUCCUGCUGUGCAGAUUUUUCCAUGUAUUCUUGCAGAGGCUAGUAUACAGAUGCUCAUGCCUUACGUGUGGGGAAAAUAGAAGGAGUUGUGCAUUCUCAUAUCGACAGAGCCACCGACAGAUCCAACCGACCCACCGACAUCAGAACCACCGGAACCGACAUCAGAACCACCGGAACCGACAUCAGAACCACCGGAACCGACAUCAGGGCCACCGACAUCAGAUCCACCGACAGAUCCACCCACAGAAGCACCCACAGAAGCACCAACUGAGGUAUGCAUUGCAAAAGCCUCGCGCUUCCAACUAGUGACUGCAAUGAUUGAAAUCAUGGAAGUAAGUCAAAAGUAUGAAAAAUGAAUCAGUCCCACUUCACGAGAACAAGGAUAGAUUUGCGAUGCCGAGAGCGAGAUCAACAUUGCGGUUACUACUUGGAAAUACGACACGUUUGCAUUUGAUAAGAGGCACCCACAGGUGCAGACAAGAACAAGGUGGUCCGAUCGGAAGUGUUUUCGGGUGUCGUCGGCGCGGGACUUGUGGGGGGAGCUGCCCAUCUAGUACACCGGCACCGCCGUAAGAAGAAAGAACAAGAAGAAAACGACCGCAAGCACAAGAAGCACAAGCAUCACCACAAAAGCAAAAGCAAAGAGGACCAAGAUCAUGCCACUUCCUCCUCCUCCUUUGUGGAGGAAAAGCGCGACCUCCAUGAAGGAGCCCCAGCGCUGCUGGCCGACCCAGAAACGACCGUAAACGAAAUGGUGGAAGCGCGCUACAUAUCCAGUGUAUUCGAAAACGUCCCCACGCCAUAGUUGUCAUGCAGAUAAUUUGCAUCUACAGUGCCUGUAAGUGUAAUAGUAAUGCGCAUCCGCAUCAGAGGAAUUGGUAAUCGUGUACUGGGAUUUGUAAUGCUGUAAACGAGAACGUAAGUAUACUAGACAUAAGCAGGCAUCUUGGUAAUGCGGCUUCUGUCCUUGCUAACCAGGAAGCUCGUCAUGCAUCAGUCCCAAAACUUGCAGAUUUGUGUUGCAGGCUUACCAACUUGAAGCUGGGGUGGGAACGUUUUUGCUCAGUAUGAACUGCAAAAGUAUCGUAUUCGUAUAAAUGCAUUACAACUUUCCUCAGCAUGAGAGAUGAAAUUUGUCAUGCGGAUUUACCUUAGGAAGAAAAUUUGUAAUGCAUGACUGCAAUUACUACGAGUGCGAUACUUUUGCACAGGAUACUCAGAAUACUACAACGACGUUUCCGAAUCCUGGUACAGUAGCGACAUGCAGGAUAUCCUGAGUAAAAACGUCCCCACACCAGAGUCAAGAUGUGAAAUUUGCUAGACAAAUCAACCAGCUUUGGUUGUUUCGCAUGACAAGUUUCUUUGUGGUCGUAGUGUCAUCCUGUUUAGCUAGUUCAGCAGCAUCACAGAUCUAGUUUCUCAUGCUGAUUCUAGCGUCACAAAUCCCAAAACACGACUAGCAAAUGCUUCUCAUGGGGCUCCGCAUGAAAAUCUUUUUUUGGCAUGCAGAUUUGCAUGACAGCUGUGGGGUGGGGACGUUUUUACUCAGAACACAGGAGGAAGAUAUUUCAUCCGCGGACAAUGCUGGUGCAGACGCGGCGUCCUCCACUUCCCCCUCCUCCGCAGAGGAAAUCGACUCCGCGGCCGAAAUGGAAGAAGAGCGGGAAGGUGGAAGUGGUGCUACUACCAGCCGUAGCUUCUAUUCGGGGACUAUCCAGGAAAAAACACCCAUCCCCAUCCAAUUUGUCAUGCAAAACAUGCAUAAAGUCCACUAUUUGCCAUGCAAAAAAUGGAUGGGGAUGGGUGUUUUUUCCUGGAUAGGGACCAGCAGUAACGCAUUCGCCUCCUCGUUUCUGGAGCAAGAAGGGGAGCUGCACCAGCCCGCGGCGAAACUGCAGAGCUCGCACCAAGAAAGUAGUAACCAGGAUGAAGAAGUAGAAGUGCUAGCGGGUCGUGCCAAGAGGAUGAAAAAUCCGAAAACGGGCCGCGACGAUCAAGAAGAACAACAAAAACUACACCACAUUGAACUACAAGAUCAGGAACGUGCAUCCUCGACGAACAGCUAUGAUUCCGCGAAAAGCACAACUGCUCCUAGCGUCAAGCGCGGCAAUCUGCGGGGAACCGCGUCAUCGUCGAAGUCUACUUCGUCUGGUGGAGCUGGUAUCAAACAAAAAAGUGCUAACGUUAACGGUUUCCGCAGAUGGCAGUCAUGCAUUACAAAUUUUGCCUUCCAGGCAUGCUACGCAAUACAAAUUCGGGCAACUUUUCUGAUGCAUUACUGCAUCACAAAUUCCGUUAACGUUAACACUUUUCCUUGUGAUAGCUGGUAGUACUACCUCAUCUACUAACGCAGCAGCUGUCGGUGACGCGGCGGCGGCGGGGGGCGAUGAAGUGGAUAGUAGUAGCACAACUACAACGAAGAUCAGCAGCAGAUCCAUUUUUAAUUGGAUGGAUUUCGAUCCGUUCUCCUUCCCGUUCGACUUUGAGUUCCUUCCGUCAUUCCAUUUACCAGCGGCAUUUUCGGAAACACUCAACAACUUGCAGCUACGAUUUUCAACAUCAUCUGUUGGACAAGGAGCAGAACAAGUAGAAUCUCAAGCUGGAGAGGGAACAAGUAGAAUCUCUAGCUCCACGAAGGGUGCUGGCACAAUCAAAACUAGAACUACGUCUUCAUCUACACAAGCGAUACAACCGGGUCCCGUUGACAGCUUUUUGUUUUUAUUCGCAGCAUCGACGGCUGGUCCCCAACAACAUCUACCCUUGUUUGUGGUACUGCUGCUUGUCGUUUGGCUGUUACUCCGCUAUAUUUUUUUCCGGAGGUCGUGGUCGUUGUUCUCCUCGUCCCUGUGGCAGCAACGUGCUCCAGCUGGUGGCAACUCAGCUUCUGCUUCUAGAGCUGAGGGAAGCAGCAUCUGCCCUUCACAAGCCACACGAGCUACUAGCAGCGCCAGCACUAGCGAAACGGCCGUUGAUGUUGCACAUCAGGAUCACAUGAACCGGAAAAAAUUGCAGGGAAAUGAUAGUUCCUGUCCGACGUCCACUAGGGAGAACAAGCAGAAUGAGAGCGAAAAAACCUGCGGCAUUUGCUGCAGCUGGUGCUGCAGCAGAAACAAAAAACCCUUUGAGUUGCGGGAACCGGUGUGGGUUUGA